UCAAAAAUUCUUCAAAUGUUGCUGCAGAUGUGUGAACGAAUUUGCCCUUACUUGAUAUUUUAUAUUUAUUUUCACUGAAGAUAAACUCAAUGUAUUAUACCUUUGACACAUUUAGCGCAAAAGGGUAUUUCUGCAUAAAAUCUAUUUACGCUUUGUCGUCGUUUUGGAGCGCAAUGAGUCAAGAAUUACGCAGCACUUGUGGUCUGGCGUUUCGUAACAAUCAGCGUUCUUACACUGGCCUUGGCCGUUAUCAUUUUCAAACAGGCUCGUUAAAACCGCCAGUGACCAGUUCGGGUUGACAAUGGUAUAGGUGGUGCAAACGAAAACGGAAUGUCAAGAAAGAAUAACAAAGACGUCGUAAGCUUCAGCGUUUCUCAAAGUAGUUUGCAUUCUAGUACACACCAUAUCGACGAAGAUGAGCUGACAUCAGUUUGUGAUUUCGAAGAGGAUAACAGAGCGCAGGUAAUUGAUCUGUCAGGUUUUGAUGGCAACACUCAUCGAACCAUUGUAGUUAAUAUGACGGAGAGCAGCGAUGUUGAGAUCAAACCAGCAACGCAAUUCUAUGCUCCAGUAACGAUACAUCAACAUUACAAUACUACUUCUACACAUCCAAAUGCUAAUCCACCUGUUGCACCCCCUGUUACAUCUACUGAAUCAAUAAACUACAGAGAUAAACUUGAAAAGGAAACAAAUUCCCGGUUUACGACUACAAGUCAUGCGAAGAUAAAUUUCUGUAGUUCGGCUACGUCAAGGAAUCUGGUAUAUAUAUUGGGAAUUGUGGUUGGUUUAAUUAUUACCGUCACCUUUAUUGUGACCAUUAUAUACUUCACUAUACCCUCGAGAAAUGAUGAGAAAAAUGAACUGCGUCCGCAUCUACCAGAUUAGAACAUCUCAGUUUUAGACGAAGAUGUGGCUAUAUUGACCAGGGAACGAUGGGGAGGAUAUGCAAUGCGGGACGGAUGGCAAAACAGAAGUCUUUCACACC